AUGACUAGCCAAGAGCAUCCGAGCAACAACAACAACCAGUUCCGAAGUCUGGUCUUUGAUUGGAGUCGUCUUCUAUCGCUCCGUCUCUUCGCCUUUACCAGCAACGACAUAGAUGCUUCCAUUGACGCUGUAGAAGAGAUGCUGGCAUCCAUUCACUCUGCUACUAGCGUACGAUUUGAUCAUACAACACACCACACUAGCAAUACCACAGCCGCCGCCGCCGCCGCUGCUUCCGCCAACAACCCGACUAGUAACAACGCUAACAGCAACAACAACAAUAAUAGAAUGAACAGUGCCGCCAUGAACCGCAGCCGCAGUGCCCGCAACGUCAUGGCGCGGACGCUGCCCAUCCUGGAACGGGGUGGAUCGACCCGCAACUUUCGAGAGUUGCCGCCCGAUCGACGUCGUUCGGCCAUGCUGAUGAUGGAGAGUCCUGGAUCGACGCGCAACAUGCGAUCGCUGCCCGAGAAUCGAGUGCGGCAACGGAGUAAUUCGACUCGACGCUUCUUUGUCGCGGACCAAGCGUCCCGCAGCAGCCAAUCAGCCGGAGGAACGACUAUCAGCAACGCUUCGUCGUCGUCGUUGAGCAAUCAAUUUCGACGCAUCAAUUUGGAACGAACCGAUUCAGCGAGUUCCAUGGGUUCCAUGCAGUCCUGGGGGUCGAUGCGGUCACUGGGAUGUGGCACGGAUGACAAUGGCGCGGACGACAGUGGACACAACACCAAUCAUGACUCGACCCUCUCCAUUCUCUCCAUGGAAUCGCUCUCCAUUGCGACACCCACCAGCCAGAUCACCAACAACGGCGUUCGACAAUAUAGCUUUCACAGCAAUCCCUACUACCUCGGCAGUGGCAACAGCGGUCAUAACAACAACAACAACAACACUAACGGCAGUGUCACGACGGAAACAGACGACAUGAUGUCCUUGUAUUCGAGAGACUCGGUCAAAGUACGACAGAAUCAAAUGGAGCAAUCCGUCUCAUCGCUCUCCUUGUCGGCUCAUGCCAUCCAGGCUGUUGCGGCCGUUUGUCGUACAAGUAUGGAACCCGACGAUGACAUGUUCUCCUUUGCGUCCGCGUCCGAGUGCACCGUCUACUCGUUCGAUCGACAUCGACCACUCAAAUCAGUUCACACAUCUCCGACUUCUGCGCAAUCGCAACAACAGUGGUCAUGA